CAGGCCCCGGUCAGAGCGAGUCCAGCAGCUGCUGGAACCCCGGGAUCUCCCUGCGUGUCCCGCCGGGUGCCAGUGCGGUCCCCGCGCUCUCGCCCCGCCAUGCUCCUGCUUUGGGGGCUGUGCUUGGGGCUGUCUCUCUGCGCGGGGUCGCAGGAAGAGUCACGGAGCUGGAGUGACACUGCGGAGCAAGUUGGACUCAGGGUCCCAAGACAACUCAGGCUGCUGCAGAGGCUGAAAACCAAACCCUUGAUGACAGAAUUCUCGGUGAAGUCCACCAUUAUUUCUCGUUACGCCUUCACUACAGUUUCCUGCAGGAUACUGAACAGGGCUUCUGAGGACCAGGAUGCUGAGUUCCAGAUGCAGAUUCCAGCUGCAGCUUUUAUCACCAACUUCACCAUGCUUAUUGGAGACAAGGUGUAUCAGGGUGAAAUUACAGAGAAAGAGAAGAAGAAUGGUGAUAGGGUAAAAGAGAAAAGGAAUAAAACCACAGAAGAAAAUGAGGAGAAGGGGACUGACAUGUUCAGAGCCUCUCUGGUGAUUCCCAGCAAGGACAAAGCCGCCUUCCUCCUGAGUUAUGAAGAACUGCUGCAGAGGCGACUUGGGAAGUACGAGCACGUCAUCAGCGUGCGGCCCCAGCAGCUGGUUGGGAGGCUGACGGUGGAAGUGAAUGUUCUGGAGAAGUCGGGCCUCACGUCCUUGGAGGUGCCACCACUUCACAACAGCAGGCAGAAGGGCGGUGGGAAGGGGGAAGAUGAUUUGGGACCACCUCCUUCUACUGUUAUCAACCAAAAUGAAACUUUUGCUAAGGUCAUUUUUAAGCCCAGUGUGGUACAACAAGCCAAGAUUGCCCAGAAUGGAAUUUUGGGAGAUUUCAUCAUUCGAUAUGAUGUCAAUAGAGAACACAGCAUUGGGGAUAUCCAGGUUCUAAAUGGCUAUUUUGUGCACUACUUUGCUCCUAAAGACCUUCCUCCUUUGCCCAAGAAUGUGGUCUUUGUGCUUGACACCAGCGCCUCCAUGGUGGGAACCAAACUCCGGCAGACCAAGGAUGCCCUCUUCACCAUUCUCCACGACCUCCGGCCCCAGGAUCGCUUCAGCAUCAUCGGGUUUUCCAACCGGAUCAAAGUGUGGAAGGACCACCUGCUGUCAGUCACCCCCCUCAACAUCAGGGACGGCAAGAUCUACAUUCACCACAUGUCACCCAGUGGAGGCACAGACAUCAACGGGGCCCUUCAGACGGCCAUCGGGCUGCUCAACAACUACGUGGCCCACAACGACAUCGAGGACCGGAGCGUAUCCCUCAUCAUCUUCCUGACAGACGGGAAACCCACUGUUGGGGAGACCCACACCCUCAAGAUUCUCAACAACACCAAGGAGGCCGCCCGAGGUCGGAUCUGCAUCUUCACCAUCGGCAUCGGGAACGACGUGGACUUCAAACUGCUGGAGAAACUGUCACUGGAGAACUGUGGCCUCACCCGGCGCGUGCACGAGGAGGAGGACGCCGGCUCGCAGCUCAUCGGGUCGGUUGCCGAUUCUAACGAUGAGAUCAGGACGCCCCUCCUUUCUGACAUCCGCGUCGACUACCCCCCUGGCAUAGUGGAGCAUGCCACCAAAACCCUGUUCCCCAACUAUUUCAACGGCUCGGAGAUCAUCAUUGCUGGGAAGCUGGCGGACAGGAGGCUGGAGCAUUUGCAUGUGGAGGUCACUGCCAGCAACAGUAAGAAAUUCGUCGUGCUGAAGACCGAGGUGCCCGUGGAGCCCCAGAAGGUGGGGAACGAUGUCCCAGGAAGCCCCAGACCUAAAGGUGAUGGCGAGGGGGACCCCAACCACGUUGAGCGUCUCUGGAGCUACCUCACUGUGAAGGAGCUGCUGAGCUCCUGGGUGCAGAGCAACGAUGAGCCGGAGAAGGAGCGGCUGAGGCAGAGGGCCCAGGCUCUGGCCGUGAACUAUCACUUCCACCCCUUCACGUCCAUGAAGCUCAAGAGGCCGGCAGCUCACACAGGUGGGCUGGAGGACGUCCGUGGCAUGUCUGCAGCCACUGGCCCUGAGACGGUGAUGCAGAGCCUGCGAGGAGCCGGCCCACAGCCAGGGCCCACUCUGAAGAAACUGUAUGACCCAAGAAUCAAAAUCUCCAAAACAUCAGUUUGGGAUGGUGACACCCCAUUUGUUGUGGAUUUCCCCCUGAGCAAACUCACUGUCUGCUUCAACAUUGAUGGGCAACCUGGCGACAUCCUCCGGCUAGUCUCUGAUCACAUGGACUCUGGUGUGACGGUGAAUGGAGAGUUAAUCGGGGCCCCCGCGCCACCCAGUGGUCACAAGAAGCAGCGCACCUACUUCCGCACCAUCACCAUCCUCAUCAACAAGCCGGAGAGAUCAUACCUGGAGAUCACGCCCAACAGGGUCAUCCUGGACGGCGGAGACAGACUGGUCCUCCCCUGCAACCAGAGCGUGGUGGUGGGCAGCCGGGGGCUGGAGGUGUCGGUGUCCGCCAACGCCAACGUCACUGUCACCAUCCAGGGCACGAUUGCCUUUGUCAUCCUCAUUCACCUCUACAAAAGGCCGGCGCCCUUCCAGAGAAACCACCUGGGCUUCUACAUCGCCAACAGCCGGGGCCUUUCCAGCAACUGCCAUGGCCUCUUAGGUCAGUUCCUGAACCAGGAUGCCAAACUCACGGAGGAGCCUGCAGGGCACGGCAAGAAUCUUACCAAUUCUCCACUCCUGCCCGCAGGAGCGACUUCUGAGACCAUCCUAAAGGUGAAAGGGCACCGAGUCCCAGUGGUGUGGAAACAAAGGAAGAUUUACAACGGGGAGGAGCAGAUAGACUGCUGGUUUGCCAGGAAUGCUGCCAAACUGAUUGAUGGGGAGUAUAAAGAUUACCUGGCAUCUCAUCCAUUUGACACAGAGACGACAUUGGGAUCCGAAUCCAGCCGCCUUAAUUAAGAAGAGCGCAUGAAAGGAAAGUGACUCUGGGCGACUCGGUGGGGCAGCUCUUCUUGAUGCUUGUGCAUGCUGCCUCCUGCAAGGAGCUGCGCUCCAGAGCCUAGGCCUGCUGGAGCGGAGGUCUGGUGUCUGCUUGGGCAAAGGGUAGGGCCGGGAAGCUCUAGAGAAAUACUGUUUGCUUCUCUUUCCUCUUCCUCCCCCACCCCACCCUCAUCUACAGUAGAGAAAAAUGGUAGCAACAAGGGGAGGAAGGUCAUAUUCAAAGCAAGAAAGUUUGUAUGGUAUAUCAUCUGGCUUGUCCAACUUGUAGCUGACCAUAAAGUAAGCUUUUCUGAUGAUGCAAGUUGCUGUGAAACCGUGUUCUCUGUAGAAGCAGCCAAGCAUGGGCCCUCUGCUUUUUGCCUUAUAUUAUUCAUGUUUAGAAAUCUCUUCCCUGGGGGGCCCCCCAUUGACCCUGGGCCACAGGCCAUACAGACAGCACAUACUUUGGAUCAUUAUAAGUAAUUAAAUCUUGUUUUAGGAGGGGAUUUUCUUCCACUGUGGAAUCUUGCCCUUACAAAUUAAUUUUUGUUUUUAAAAUUAUUUUUAAAAAUUAAAAAAAUAUUUUUAAAAUGUAGAAACAUGUACAUCCCAGAUACUGAUAUUUCUUUCCUCACGGGCUUUCCAGACCACUUGAUUUUGCUGGUGGAUAUUGUGCAAUUUAUUCCAAUAAGCUAAGUGCUUUUAAUAAACAGGGCAACCCCCACAUGGAUGGUGUUUAUUGGCCUGUCUUGGUGCUGGGGAGUUGGCCAGUUGAAAGGUGAACUGUUGGCUUGGAACUCUUCAGUCUUGGUCAGGAUUUCUGGGCCAUUUCACCCUCCAGGAGCUGGUGGAGGACUCUGGCAUGGUGCUAGCCUGCAAGGUAGAGUAACCUCGGAGUGAGCCCACAGCCUGUGUGUAGGAAGAAGCAGCUUGCAUGCUGUCAGCAAGAAGGGCAUACACGCUUAGAAAAUCUAAAAGGACUUCCCACUUCUUACGUGGGCAAAAGCCAGGAAACCAGCCUGAGUAGCCGGUAUUGGUUCCAGAACUUGGGCAAACCUGAUUCCCUAGGAAGGUGUUAAAAUCAGAGGGGCUGCAAAAAGUCACUGCAUGUUACCUUUUCCUUCUGAAGGCGUAAGCCUGGUCAUAUCACCAAGGGCGACCAGGUGUGAUGGCCCAAGAGCCUCUGCCCCUCCCCACGACAGCACUCUGCUGGGCUUGGUCUUCUCGGAGCCACUGGUUGGAAGCAGAUGGACGCAGGGGGCAAUGGAGCCCAACAGCAGAGAGAGACAGACUGUGGUCAGGGAAACAGCGUGUUUUGAUGUGGGCCAGAGCGAAAGGCUUAGUGUGGGCUCACAUGGGGUUUCCUCCGACCGGCCUGGUGCCAGGGCAGCCUCUGCAUGGACCGGGAAGGCAUGCGCAGCCCUUGAGAGACAGCACUGAGAAAAUCCUUGAUCAUAUUUACCUUCCCGUGGGAAACAUCGGAGCAGUAAAAUGACAUCCGCAUGUUCCUGUCAGAGGCUGUGGCUUCAGGGGCCAGUUAGCACUGACUAUACUGUCCCUCUCAUGGCCCGCUUCCCUCUGCACUUGACCAUGGCCUGACAGCUGUGCUAUUUAUCUGGCUCCUGUCUUCCCAAACUCAGCUGCCUGUUUCCCUGCCAGAGGUGCAAAGAGGAGCCACAUAUGGCUGACAGAUGCUUCCACCUUUUAGAGCUCAGAAAGAGAGGAGGAACUCCAGCCAAGGCUGGCCAGUGCCGUCCUGGUCAGACUCCCGGGACCUUCCAUUAUGUAAAUCCCAGCUGAGCAGACAGCCCUGGUGCCAAGAGGCCCAGGCCCCUCCGCACGUGGAGCAAUGUCUGUUGUUCCAGGUGUUGGCCUCACACUGGGGAGAGGAGGAUGUUACUAGGCAAGCCCGGUCACUACUAUUCAGUGGCCACCUUGUCUAAAAGCAGAGAAUCAUAUUCCAAUGAGAGACCUGUCACUAACUGUCCUGAUCAGGAAAAAAAAAUUUUUACAGCUUUUAAAGUUAUGUUUUUACUUUAGACAAACCCACUCUUCUUUCUCUUAGUUGUAGAUCACUUUUUAUUUGCAGAAGGCAUUGAUCAUUAAAUUUUCUGUUGGACCUGGAAAUUUGUAUCUGUGAGUCCAAAACCCCACACCAGUAUACUAUGAAGGACCUUUAAAUUUGGUUGAAAAAUUGUGUGUGUGUGUGUGUUUUAUUGGCCACAUGUAUUGUAAAUGGCAAGCUCUUUAAAACAAAUGCAGGGCUAGGGGGGAAUUCUCUUCUCAGACAGGGAAACUGAGGCAGGGUGCUAUUGAGCGAUUUCCCCCAAGUUAAAUAAAAGGCUUAGAGCAGGGGUAAGCUGAACUGCCUGAGUUCACUUUGUUAGCUUUGACAUUUUUUUCACCAUCUGGUCAAUCAUUUAUUUUCCUAAAACUUUUUUAAAAAAAUAGUGGGAGGUUAUUAAAUGAGUAAUUGAAUGGGACUGAGAAAAUGUUGGAGUUAGAGGGAUAAAUCUCACUGUUAUCAUUAUAGCUAAUGUUAAUGAGUCAUAAUGGGCUAACUGGGAUCUUGAGCAAGUCCACAUCUCUGGAUUCCAAUCUCCUCCUCCUCUGACAAAAAACCCCAAAUGGGUCAUCUUUAGGGGUCUACUAACUUAGAGUUUCAUAUUCCUCACAUAAAAUGGGCUGAGCCUUCCUUGCUUGCCCAUGCCUGGUGCCUUAUCUUCCUGUAUGACUUGGUUAUGAUUUUCCCCUCCAGACCAGAGGGUGGGGGUGUUGGGAGGAAAAAGCAUUGCAACACUCCAUCAGAGCCAGCCAGCUGUGAAGGACGAUGCUGGGGAUCGAGGAUGCAGGAGACUUGGGGAGAUCUCCUCUGUGGUCCCACCAGAAGGGACCAUGAUAUUUACUUGAAUCGUGUGUCUUUGGUAGGUGGAUUAAGAACAGGAUUCUUUAUCUUUUGGCUUAACUGAAUCCUGUAAACCAAAUGCCUGUGUUCUUCCAAAAUUCAUGUUAAAGCCAAAAUUCUUAAUGUGAUGGUCCUUGGAGGUGGGUUCUUUCAGAAGUGAUUAGGUCCUGAGGACAGAGCCCUCAUGGAUGGGAUUAAAACCUUUCUAAGAAGAGACAGGAGGGAUCAUCUCUCUUGCCUCCACCGUGUAUGAAUAGAAUGUUUGUAGACCAGGAAGAGAACCCUCACCAGACACCAAAUCUGCUGACAUCUUGAUCUUGGCCUUCCCAACCUUCAGACCUGUGAGAAAUAAUUGCUUAUUGUGUAAUCCACCGAGUCUAUGUUAUAGCAUAGCAGCCCAGGCUGAGGAAGACACUAAAUCAUUACACAUUCUUUUUCCUUUCUCUGCGCAUGUACACAAACAAUGCUAUUAUUAAAAUUUGAAAGACUCUUAGCACUAUAAGAAUACCAUCUAGCUAAAAUAGACAGCAAAUAAAAUAACACAGCUAAGUAAAUACUUAGAAAUACAAUUUUAAAUAUUUAUUUUAACCCAUUUUAAAUAAUAAGGAGGGUACAAGAUAGUUCACUUGUCAAGAAACAUUUUUCUUAAACAAAAUUAAAAAAAAAAAGAUGCCUAAAAAUAAGCAAUGAGGUGUUUUGUU